AUGAAACGCCUUUUCAUGUGGGCGCUCCUCCGGCUUUACGAAGAAGGGAGUAUCGUCCUAUACGAUAGACUUUUGAUCCCGCUGACUGUGUCUACGUCUGCGCCGCCCUUCGACCCCGUCGCAACAAACACCACGAACUCUUUAAUUUUGUUAAAUGCUCAGCUCUCGAGCGCAUUUUUUUCAUGUCCUGACGCUAACUCAUCAAAGUGCCUCAUUUCUGAUGAUGAGGCUUAUCUAUCAGACCCGCCGCCGCUUGAGGAAGAAGAGGCCUACGUUCCCGUUACUGCCACACUCCUCGCCCAGCCUGUGCGAGAUAUCAUGUCUGCAAGAGGCGUUCGAGGAAAGAGCACCAGGGUUAGAGCCGCGGACAUUGCAAGGGAUUUGAAAAAGUUGGAUAAUCGUUGGGCGCGCGUUGACUUGCAGGCUGUCGAUGAGGCUAUAGAUACCAUUGUAAUAGGCUAA